AUCUGUAGUCAAUACUACUGGUAGUAGUAGUAGUAGUAUUGGUAUUAGUAUUACUAAAAGUGGUUUCAAAAGACAAACAUUUAUUAACCAACUAUUAAGGAGAAAUCAUAUCAAAUCUUUACCAAACAUUACAGAAAAAGAUAUUAAUUUUUGCGAAAUGGAUGAAUUGGAUCAAUUGGAUCAAAGAAGAAGAUUUGUAGAGAAGAUCACUGAACUGGUCAAACAUAUAAGUGAUCUGAUUUUAAUUGAUCCAAAUGGUCAAUUGAUUCAAUUGCGCGAACAAUUGGUUAAUAGUGUGGUACCACUACAACAGCCCAACAAUCUAUUGCCGAUUGGCUCAGAUCACCAACCAGUUCGGCCAUUGAUUGUCGUUAAAGUCAAGAUUGGCGUUAAACGUCAAUUAGAUGACGUUCUUGAACUGACUGAUCCAAUGAAGAUUGUCGACCCGCUUAACACUGACAAUUAUUGGGCUAUUGGCGAAAUCAUCAAACAGUUUAGAAAUAAUUCCCAGUUACCGGUACUUAGAUGGUCUGCGGAGGAAUUGGCCACCAAUUCGCCGCCCUCGACACCCCCGCAACCACAACAGUAACACACACACACAUAUACACAUACAUACACACACACACAUACACACACACACACA